GGCACCUGAUGAGGCAUACGCGCUUUACGCAGGGAGUACAUCUGCACCACAGCCGUCUCAUCCUCAUUCCAGCUUAUGUUCAGCGCCAGAGCAGAGCCAGCACCAUGCAUCCUCCCAUGUCAGACCUGGGCCGAGCGCUGUGCAUCAUCACCGGCGCGUCCAGAGGUUUUGGGCGGACCUUAGCCAAAGAAUUAUCCCGCGAAGUAAAGCCUGGCUCCGCGUUUGUCCUGGUGGCGCGGUCGGGGGAUGAUCUGCGGACUCUGCAGGCAGAACUGACCGAUUCAGAGGCAGGCAGAGCGGGCCUCCUGGUUCAGUAUGUAGAGGCUGACCUGGGACUGCCUGAGGGCCUGGAGAGAGUCACUACAGCGGCUAAAGAAGUGGCUACAGAUCUUAUUGAGCACGUUUUGUUGCUCAAUAACGCAGGGUCUCUGGGUGACAUAUCUCGAUUCACAAAGUCCUUUACUGACAUGGCAGAGGUGAACUCCUACUUGUCUCUGAAUGUUAGCUCCUUUCUUUGCCUCACUGCUCAGAUUCUGCAGGCCUUUCCCCAGCGCUCUGGCCUGAGACGCACUGUGAUCAACAUUUCUUCUCUGUGCGCCCUCAAGCCCUUCUCCUCUUGGGUCCUGUACUGCUCUGGCAAAGCAGCCCGGGAUAUGAUGUUCAGGGUGUUGGCAGAAGAAGAGCCAGACCUCCGGGUGCUCAACUAUGCCCCCGGACCCCUGGACACAGACAUGCAGUUGGAAGCCAGGUCGAAAAGCGGUGAUGUGCUGCUACGGAAGUCCUUCAGUGAGAUGUUCAGUCAGGGCCAGCUGCUCUCAUGUGAGGAGUCCUGUGGCAAACUGAUGAAGCUCCUAAUUGAGAACAGCUACACUUCUGGAGCACACAUAGACUUUUAUGACAUUUAAGUUCAAAAGGCACUAAUCACAUGACUGUGCCUUUUUAAAAUACACUACAUAAUACUUGGACUUAAAUACUGAGGUAACACAUUGUUUACUGGUUUAACAUUUGUACAUUUGACAUAUUUAAAGAAUUCUCUUUAUUCUGAUGUUGUGGACCAAAACAUAAGUGCCAAUUAUUUGCCACAUUUAUCUCACAAUGUACUAUAUAUACUAUAUACUAUAACAAUUACAGUUUGUUAAUCCAAAGAUGUACAUUUAUAAUAUUUUCACGCAAUAACACCAAAAAUAAACAAGUUGCAAAACUGA